AUUUGAAAUAACCUUUCAUAUAGGUUUUAUCAUCUUCAUUUUAAUUUUUGCAUCACCAUUUUACGCUCAUACACGAGUUUCUUCAAAAUAUUUAUAGUGUUAAUCUAAAUUUACAAUAAUGGGAAAAGCUUACUUUUCUAAUGAGAUGAAGACGUUAGUUUUAGUUGGACGUACUGGAAAUGGCAAAAGUGCAACAGGAAAUAAUAUUCUUGGAAGGAAAGCCUUUAAGUCAAAGAUAAGCUCAUCUGGUGUAACAAGUGUUUGUGAAUUGCAAACAACUACUAUAAAAGAUGGACCAAUUAUUAAUGUUAUUGACACCCCAGGGCUAUUUGACGGAACUAAUUCUGCUGGAAAGGAAAUAGUAAAAUGUAUUGAUUUGGCUAAAGAUGGAAUCCAUGCUAUCAUAUUAGUAUUCUCUGUUAGAACUCGUUUUUCUGAAGAAGAACAAGCUACUUUUCUUACCUUACAAGCUUUAUUUGGGCACAAAAUUGUUGAUUACAUGCUUGUGGUAUUCACGGGAGGGGAUGACUUAGAAGCCAAUGAGGAGACACUUGAUGAUUACUUAGACUGCAAUUGUCCACAACCUCUUCAGGAUAUACUUACUUUGUGUGGCAAUCGUAAAGUACUCUUCAAUAAUAGGACUAAGGACGAAAAUGAGCGAUUGGAACAAGUUCAACAACUUCUCAAUCUUGUGGAUGAAGUUAUGUUACAUAAUGCUGGACAACCCUUUACAAAUGAGUUGUUCAAGAGAUUGAAGGAGAAAGCAACUGAAACUGAAAAGGCAGAAACUUUGGGAAUUAAAAUGCAAUUACAAAAAAGAUAUGAUGAUGAGCUUAAACGAAUGACUGAUUUGAUCGAAUCAAAGUUUAACGAAGAAAUUGCAAAGCUCAUGAAAAUGUUAGAAGAAGAGAAAGUUGCUAGACUUAAAGCCGAAGAAAAUUAUAAAUCAAUUCAAACUUCAUCAAAUAAAGAAAUUCAAAAAUUACAAUGGAAUCUUCAAGAGGCAAAUAAAGUAAGAGUUUGUGAGCCAGUUAGGCGUAGAUGUGUCAUUAUGUAAUCCUAAUAUACCUUCAAAUAUUUCUACUCUACCUUUGUGAUAAUGAGUGUUUGUAUUUGUAUAUUUAUGAUCCAACAUUCCUCUAAUCGUUGUAUAAAUUUGCUAAUUAUUUCCAUGUAACAAAAUUAUGUAUGGGUUACAUUUCUUAA